GUCAAUAUUCUGUUAGUAGUUGGUGUCGGGGGUGGUUCAAAGCCAACAUUCUCCGGUAACAGUUCACAUUUUUAGUUUGAAGAUCACCGUUUUGUUAUAGAAAAUGGCAAAAAUCAAAAAGCGCGCCGUAAAACAUCGUAAAUCCUACAAACCGGUUUUCUACGCUUUGGCAGCUCUUUUUGUGGCCAUAUUUGCAACUCUAUUCGUGGACCGAAGAACCCCCAAAACAGAUAACGUGGCAGUCACAGAGGAAAAUUCCACCUCCGAAGAUGUAACACCAGCAUUUCGAAAUGAUGUACCACUCACGACACUACGUCCACCCAGGCCACCAAAACGGCAUCCCUUACGAAUUCCCAAGGAAAAUUUAACAAAUUAUUUUUCCGAACGAAAGAAACAGAAAAUCUCCAUUAAUGUCGAUUAUUUUCGGUUGCCAGAAGUCAUUGGUCUACGAAAAGAUUGGGAAGAUUUGGAGUUAAUUAGAGCUGAUCAACAACGGCAGGGCUUGGGAGAACAAGGUCAAGCUGCCACAUUUGAAAGUAAUAUUCCAUCGGAAGUUCUUGAAAAGACCUCUUUGGAAAAUGGUUUCAAUGCCAUUCUCUCUGAUCAAAUUUCUGUUAAUCGCUCCGUACUUGAUGUGCGACCUGGAGGAUGUCUUUCGAAACCCUAUUUAGCCCAGUUGCCCACUGUGAGUGUUGUCAUCCCCUUCUACAACGAAUACUUUAGCGUUCUGGCAAGAACUUUGCAUAGCAUUGUAAACCGCACCCCUCCCCAGCUUUUGGUGGAAAUUAUCAUUGUGGAUGAUGGCAGCGUUCGUGAAUAUCUCAAGGAUCGUUUGGACGAAUAUGUUGGGCAAAAUUUUGGAGAUUUAGUAAAAAUUCUGCGGCUGCCACAGAGAAGUGGUCUAAUUGCAGCUCGCUUGGCGGGUGCUCGCAUGGCAAAAGGCGAUGUUUUGGUGUUCUUCGAUUCCCACAUUGAGUGUUCCUAUAAUUGGCUGCCACCUCUACUGGAACCGAUUGCCUUAAAUCACAGAAUUGCCACGUGUCCCAUUGUGGAUGUCAUAGAACAUGCCACUUUCCAAUAUAGAGCUGCUGAAAAAUCAGGCGUCCGCGGGGCUUUCGAUUGGUCUAUGCUGUAUAAGAUGUUACCUCAAUUACCGGAGUUUGGCGGCGACAGCUCCAUGCCGUAUCCCAAUCCCAUAAUGAUGGGUGGUUUGUUUGCCAUAAAUCGAGAAUUCUUUUGGGAAUUGGGUGGCUAUGACGAGGGUUUGGAUAUCUGGGGAGCCGAACAAUAUGAAUUGAGUUUUAAAAUUUGGAUGUGUGGUGGCUACCUCUAUGAUGUGCCAUGUUCACGAGUGGCACACAUUUUCCGGGGACCAUGGAAAACGGAGGAGAAACCCAGAGAUUACAACUUCGUAGCGAGGAACCACAAACGUGUGGCAGAGGUUUGGAUGGAUGACUACAAAUAUCAUUUUUACAAAAAGAAUCCUGAACUCUAUCACAACUUGGAUGCUGGUGAUCUAAGCAAACAGCAGGAACUUCGCCAGACUUUAGAAUGCAAGUCCUUUCAAUGGUUUUUAGAUGAAAUCGUUCCAGACUUGCUCUUGAAAUAUCCCGUUGAUCAAUUUGAGAAUUAUGCCUCUGGUGCCAUACAAAGUCUUGCCUUCCCCCAGUAUUGUCUGGAUACACUCAACAAUGGGCGCCAAAGUGAAGUGGGCUUAUAUCCAUGUGCCGAGAACAAAACCUUUCCUCAACCUAAUCAAUUCUGGGAAUUAAGCGAACAUCGUGAUGUACGUCAACAUGAUGGCGAUCUGUGCCUGGAUGUUCCAGGUUUAAAUCCCAAUUCAAAGGUCUUGAUGUGGCCAUGCCAUCAGCAGGGUGGCAAUCAGUUUUGGUUCUACGAUCGUGAGCUCAAGUGGUUGGUCCAUGGUCAGGCUGGUAUCAACUGUUUGGAGGCAGUGCGGCAGGGUGAUCAAAUGUCGGUGAUAGCCAAUGCAUGUGACAACAGCAAUCCCCGAAUGAAAUGGCAAUUUGCCACAAUUAAUGAAGAAUUGUUGGACACAUUCCACUUUGGCCUGGAUUAAUGUGUCUUGUUUUGUUGUUUUUAAUAGAUUCUUAUCUUUUAAUUGAUUUAACGUUUAUUAUUGUUAAAAGCCAUAUAAGAUUUAUUGAUAAGCAUACCCGCAAUGAUGGGAUGUUACAUGCCAGAUAGACAUUUCAAAUUGUUGUACCAACCGAAAUCUCAAUCAAUAAAUUUUGAAGAGGCAAUAACCACACAAA